AUGGACCGCGAGACCAAGGAGACGCACGUGCUCAGGUCGGAGUACCAGGAGCGCGUGCGGGAGAAUCUCGAGGUGGGCUACAAGCUGAACGUGAGCUCCGGCGUGGUGAGCACGCGCGCGGUGCAUGACCGGGAGGAGGCGGCCGAGUACCACCUGCUGGUGGAGGCCAGCGACCAGGGCCGCAACCCGGGCCCCCUCAGCUCCACGGCCACCGUGGAGGACGAGAAUGACAACUACCCCCAGUUCAGCAAGCAGAACUACGUGGUCCAGGUGCCCAAGGACGUGGGUCUCAACACGGCUGUGCUGCGCGUGCAGGCCUCGGACUGGGACCAGGGCCAGAACAUGGCCAUUCACUACAGCCUCCUCAGCGGGAACGUGGCCUGGCAUUUCUACCUGCACUCACUGAGCCGGAUCCUGGAUGAGAUCAACCCCCUGGAUUUCGAGGAUGUCCAGAAGUACUCGCUGAGCAUCAAAGCCCAGGAUGGGGGCCGGCCACCGCUCAUCAAUUCCUCCGGGGUUGUGUCUGUGCAGGUGCUGCAUGUCAAUGACAAUGAGCCCAUCUUUGUGAGCAGCCCCUUCCAGGCCACGGUGCUGGAGAACGUGCCCCUGGGCUACUUCGUGGUGCACAUUCAGGCGGUGGACGCGGACUCUGGGGAGAAUGCCCGGCUGCACUAUCGCCUGAACCCUGUCCCGGCCCCGGACUUCCCCUUCCAGAUCCACAACAGCUCCGGUUGGAUCACUUUGUGUGCCGAGCUGGACCGUGAGGAGGUGGAGCAUUACAGCUUUGGGGUGGAGGCGGUGGACCACGGCUCGCCCCCCAUGAGCUCCUCCACCAGUGGCUCCAUCACAGUGCUGGACGUGAACGACAACGACCCGGUGUUCACGCAGCCCACCUAUGAGCUGCGUCUGAACAAGGAUGCAAACAUGGGGAGCAGCGUGCUGACCCUGCAGGCCUGCGACCACGACGCCGUGAUCACCUAUCAGCUCACGGGCAGCAACACCCAGAACUGGUUCGCGCUCAGCAGCCAGAGGGCAGGCAGCCUCAUCACCCUGGCGCUAUCUCUGGACUACAAGUAGGAGCAGCAGUACGUGCUGGCGGUGACAGCAUCCGACGGCACAGGGUCGCACACGGCGCAUGUCCUCAUCAACGUCACCAACGCCAACACCCACUGGCCGGUCUUUCAGAGCUCCCAUUACACGGUGAGCGUCAGUGACGACAGGCCUGUGGGCACCUCCAUUGCUACCCUCAGUGCCAACGAGGACACAGGAGAGAACGCUCGCAUCACCUACGUGAUUCAGGACCCAGUGCCGCAGUUCCGCAUUGAUCCCGACAGUGGCACCAUGUACACCAUGAUGGAGCUGGACUAUGAGCACCAGGUCGCCUACACGCUGACCAUCAUGGCCCUGGACAACGGCAUCUCGCAGAAGUCGGACACCACCACCCUGGAGAUCCUCAUCCUCGAUGCCAACGACAACGCGCCCCAGUUCCUGUGGGAUUUCUACCAGGGUUCCAUCUUUGAGGAUGCUCCACCCUCAACCAGCAUCCUCCAGGUCUCUGCCACGGACCGGGACUCGGGUCCCAAUCGGCAUUUGCUGUACAUCUUCCAGGGUGGGGACAAUGGCGGGGACUUCUACAUCGAGCCCACGUCUGGUGUCAUCCACACCCAGCGCCGGCUGGACCGGGAGAACGUGGCCGUGUACAACCUUUGGACUGUGGCUGUGGAUCACGGCAGCCCCACUGCCCUUAGUGCCUCGGUGGAAAUCCAGGUUACCAUCUUGGACAUUAAUGACAAUGCCCCCAUGUUUGAGAAGGACGAGCUGGAGCUGUUUGUAGAGGAGAACAACCCGGGGGGGUCGGUGGUGGCAAAGAUCCGUGCUCAGGACCCUGACGAAGGCCCCAAUGCCCAGAUCAUGUAUCAGAUUAUGGAGGGUGACUUGCGGCAUUUCUUCCAGCUGGACCUGCUGAACGGGGACCUGCGUGCCCUGGUGGAGCUGGACUUUGAGGUCCGGCGGGAGUACGUGCUGGUGGUGCAGGCCACGUCGGCCCCGCUGGUGAGCCAAGCCAAGGUGCGCAUUCUUCUUGUGGACCAGAAUGACAACCCUCCGGUACUGCCCAACUUCCAGAUCCUCUUCAACAACUCUGUCACCAACAGGUCGAACAGCUUCCCCACCGGCGUGAUCGGCUGCAUCCCAGCCCAUGACCCCGACCUGUCGGACAGCCUCAACUACACCUUCCUUCCUGGCAACGAACUGCACCUGUUGCUACUGGACCCCACCGCGGGCGAGCUGCCGCUCAGCCGGGACCUGGACAACAAGCGGCCACUGGAGGCGCUCAUCCCCGAGGUGUCCGUGUCUGCCCAACAUCGGCCACCUGGGCCUGCCCCACGGGCCAUCUGGGGAGAAGAUGGCCGUGGUGACGGUGGAUGACUGUGACACAACCAUGGCUGUACACUUUGGAAGUGACAUCGGGAACUACAGCUGUGCCGCCCAGGGCACUCAGACCGGCUCCAAGAAGUCCCUGGAUCUGACUGACCCUCUGCUCCUGGGGGGUGUCCCCAACCUGCCAGAAGACUUCCUGGUGCACAACCGGCAGUUCGUGGGCUGCAUGCAGAACCUGUCGGUCGAUGGCAAAAACGUG